AAGGCUCCGAGGACACGCCGAGGGGGCUCCGAGGGGACGCGGCGGCCAUGGCAGACCACGAAGCGGGGCUCCCGCCCAAGUCGCGGCGGGCGCCAGAGGAGAGCGAUUCUGGCCUCGGUGUGUGUGGAUGGAUCCUGGUGAUCACCUCGCUGGUUUUCACUGUUCUUACAUUUCCCAUAUCCAUCUGGAUGUGCAUAAAGAUCAUAAAGGAGUACGAGCGCGCCAUCAUAUUCCGGCUGGGCCGCAUCCUGAAGGGGGGAGCCAAGGGACCAGGUUUGUUUUUCGUCCUGCCCUGCACAGACAGCUUCAUCAAGGUCGAUAUGAGAACCAUCUCUUUCGAUAUUCCUCCCCAGGAGAUCCUGACCAAGGACUCGGUGACGGUGAACGUGGACGGGGUGGUUUAUUACCGGGUCCAGAACGCCACCCUGGCCGUGGCAAACAUCACCAACGCCGACUCUGCCACCCGCCUGCUGGCACAGACCACCCUGAGGAACGUCCUGGGCACCAAGAACCUGUCUGAGAUCCUCUCUGACCGGGAGGAGAUCGCACACAGCAUGCAUGCCACGCUCGACGAGGCCACGGAUGACUGGGGCAUCAAGGUGGAGCGUGUGGAGAUCAAGGACGUGAAGCUGCCUGUGCAGCUGCAGAGGGCCAUGGCUGCAGAGGCAGAGGCUGCCCGGGAGGCCAGAGCCAAGGUGAUCGCGGCCGAGGGGGAGAUGAACGCGUCCCGCGCGCUCAAGGAGGCCUCCAUGGUCAUCACCGAGUCCCCCGCGGCGCUGCAGCUGCGCUACCUGCAGACCCUGACCACCAUCGCCGCCGAGAAGAACUCCACCAUCGUCUUCCCCCUGCCCAUCAACAUCCUGCAGGGCCUGCUCCGCAUGAAGGAGUAGGCAGGGGCAGGGCCGGGCUCAGCCCCCCUGCAGCUCUGCAGUCCUGGGUAGUGUAG